AUGACUAAAGCAUUUGAAAACAAGAAGUCUAAAAACUGUGCACGCGUGCCCGGCACGCAACGCCGCGCGCGGGCGCAGCAGUUACGACACACGCACACUCGCGCACGUCCGCACGAGCCCUACAGCAACGCACACACCGGCGCGCCAGGCGGCAAGAUAGAGCGUGCGGGGUGUCCGGGGAUCUGUGGCCCGCAGGCCGCGACCACAUCAACCCUGUCUUUCUCAAACUUCCGCAACUCCUUUACCACCAAUGUCAAUUACUUGAAAAGAAGCUCAGCGGAGGCGUUGCGCAGAUUCAGCUCGGGGGACCUGCAGAGCGAGUGCGAUGAGGGCGAGGUGGACCCCUACACCGGCCGCCCGGCCACCACCAGCCAGCCGAAGCCGCAGAACCAGAGGCCCACUUCACAGGCGACCGGCGGCAGCAUCAGCAGCACGGGCAGCGGCAGCGGCAGCGGCAGCGGAGGCCCGUCGGGGCCGCCGCCGGCGCCCAGCUCUGGCGGAGACCUGUCGCUCAACCUGCGCGGGGGCUCCCGAGGCACCUCCGCGCCAUCAUCGCCCGCGAAGUCUCGGGAGUCGCUUCUGCAACGCGUACAGUCGCUCACAGGCGCUGCGAGAGAUCAGGGUGCUAACUUGUUAGGCAGCGUAACAUCGGUGACAUCAGUGGGUCGUGGGUACAACCGCGACCGCUGUGUGACGCUGUUGGUCGUCGACGACCAGAACACCGACUGGUCCAAGUACUUCCGCGGCAAGCGGCUGCCCGGCGAGUGGGACAUCCGCGUCGAGCAGGCCGAGUUCAGGGAGCUGUCGGUGACAGCUAAUUCCGACGGUUCCAACGUGUCGAUGGCUGUGUACCGCGGCGGCACCAAAGUUACGCGAUGCUUCAAACCGGAGUUUGUGUUAGUGAGGCAAAACGUGAGAGACGCCGGCGCCGACAACCGCGCUUUGCUGCUAGGACUCAAGUUCGGAGGAGUGCCCUCCAUCAACAGCCUUAACUCCAUCUACCACUUCCAGGACCGUCCAUGGGUAUUCGGGCACCUGCUACAGUUGCAGCGGCGCCUGGGCCGCGAGAACUUCCCCCUUAUCGAGCAGACCUACUACCACAACCACACCGAUAUGGUGACGGCUCCGAAGUUUCCGGUGGUGAUUAAGAUAGGGCACGCGCACUCCGGCGUGGCCAAGGUGAAAGUGGAUUCGGUGACCGACUUCCAGGACAUUGCUGGGGUAGUGGCCAUGCUCGGUACCUAUUGCACCGUGGAGCCCUACAUCGACGCCAAAUACGACAUACAUAUACAGAAAAUUGGCAACAACUAUAAGGCAUUCAUGCGCAAGUCUAUAUCGGGUAACUGGAAGACAAACCAGGGCUCGGCCAUGCUGGAGGCUAUCGGCAUGAACGAUCGGUACAAGAUGUGGAUCGAUGAGGUGAGCGAGAUUUUCGGCGGACUGGAAGUCUGUGCCCUAGAACUGGUGGUGGGCAAAGACGGGCGCGAGCACAUCAUCGAGCUCAACGAUUCGGCCACUUCCUUCAUGGGCGACUCACAGGAGGAGGAUCGCCGCCAUCUUGCCGACCUCGUCUUCCAAAGGAUGCAGUCCGUGUGCCGGCCGGGCAUCACGAAGACGGCGUCCCGCAGCUCGGUGUCGGGCAGUUCGGCGCCGUCGCCCGAGGAGCGGUCGGUGCCGCUGCCGGGCGCGGGCCCGCCGAGCGCGCCGCCGCCCGCGCCGCUCACCGCUGCCGCUAGUAUCGACCGCCCGCUGCCGCCCAUCCCGGCCGAGCCCAGCCAGCCGCCGCCGCCGCCGCUCACGAGGCGCGACUCGCAAGCAUCCCAAUCAUCGAUGGUGUCUUCGGCAUCGGGCGCGCCGGGCGCAUCGAGCGCAGCCGCCUCGGCCGCGGCGCCCACGGGCUCCGCGGCCGGCCGCGGCGGCUUCGCGCGCCAGGGCUCGCUCAGCGCCGCGCUCACCGAGGACGCCGAGGACACCAUGAAGAACUUGAGGAAGACCUUCGCCGGCAUAUUCGGCGAUAUGUAAAACUAGGCGGCACGCGGGCACCCAUCUAACUGAGCUAUCGUCAUCGGUUGAACUGAGAAGAGUAGGGAAAGCCCACGUGCGUGCGGGGCGGGCGGCGUGGCUUCACGCUUUCAAGUUUAGUAUUUGAAACAGCGUUUACUGAGACUGCUCGCAUACGUUUGCAUUUGUUUAACUCGGACACCGCGCUGCACGCUCCGCUGCAUGCCUCGCUUGAAAGUUCACUCAGUUUGGAGACUAACAAAAUGAUAGGUACAGGUAACACCGUGAGAGCUGAAUUGCUCUUCCUUUAACGGUAGCUCGAUAAAGGAUAUUAGCGACCAUAUUAACUGGUCAAUAAUUGCCCGAUUAUGGUAACGUUGUUAUUUGCAUAAUUUUCGUACCUUUAUUACAAACUUUACAUAUACAUUGUUACAAAGUAUGGUAUAGAAAACCGGUUCCGGUAUUUUUUAUUCUGAAUACUCAUAUCGUUUGCAUCGGAAGGGGUGACGUUUAGCCGUACUUACCGGUUGGGAAGCUCCUUUACGACAGAGGAAACGACCGUCAAACCGAAACUAUAGCAUAAUGUUAAUGUAUUUAAAAUAACUAUAGAUUUUGUACAAUAAGUUUAUUAUAAAAUAAUGAAAUACGAAUCAACUGAGCUGCAUUGUGAUCGAACCCGUUCGGUACGCGCCGCGCACUCGCGCGCGUCGCUACAGUAGUGUCUUUCUCCGGCCUUCCUUCUACCGCCCGCUAGUGAGUUAUUCCCAGUACAGUACCAUACACAAAAUAAUUCAGUCUACAUACACGGUUGAAGAUUAAAUCUUGCUGCUGAAGUAAUGACGCUAUCGUGAUAUCACUUGACCAUAUACAGCAAUUUCUAAUUCAGCUGUCAAAACCACUGCUGUGUAUGUUCUUUUACUUAUUGUUCCUAAUACUCAAUAUAAUACUUCAGUACAAAUACCGGGGAACUCUAUAUACUAUAUGGGGUUAAAAGUACUGAGAAUAACUCGCUCGCGACGACGGACGCACACGCACCUUCGUAGCAGAACGAGGUAAACGACGCAAUUCGCAAAUAGAUAAUAUCAUUGAGGACAAAUAAAAUGUGUGGCAAUAAGUAGAAUUGAAGCGUUUUAAGGAUUUGAUGUGUAAUCAAUUUCAUGACUUCCCUUUAGCGUAAUCUGAUCUAAUUACAUAGGUAUCUGUCGCUUCUGAAGAAACCGUGUGGAAUUAAUGAAAUGGAGGAAUAAGGGCCAAACCACACUAGUUGCGUAUGCAGCACGGCUCCAGCUUGCUGCGUAGACACGUGUGUGCCGUAUGCACCGGUUGUAAUGUAUGGAAUAACAUGUCAGAUGCCGCACUGCUUGCGCCGCGUGAAGUACAAAUUACGUUAAUAAAAACGGCGAAUUACAUUAAAUAAUUAACAGCUACGCAAAGUGAUCGGCAUGACAUCUUGACAUCCAACAGCUGUGCUGCAUAUAUAUAUAUACAUGUGGUGUGUACUGGCCUUAUAUAAUCGAUUGCUAUUGCAAGUGUGCGAAAAUCGACAUCUAUCGAGUUUAUUCCCUUGUUGUGUGUGUUGCGGUCCUAUUAGAUCUAAAUUGUUGGGAUGUGAGCAAUGCUAUUGAAGACAAUAUUGUUAAAUGCAAGAAUUAAUCCACAUUUUAUAUAACUUAAUACUAGUUGUAUCUCAUAGUUUUAAGAAUAUCUUGUUGAUGCGUAUAUGUGAUUUUCAUUUUCUUGCUUUAAAUAUGUUGUUGUAAUUGAUUUUAUUAAGUAACGUGGUAACUCCGAAAUCUUACCGACAAGCUAUACCGAAACACAGCUUUUGUUUCAAAAUGCAUUUCUUACAAAUCAAAGUGUCAUUGUUUUUAAAACUCUUUUUAGUUAAUUUAUUAUAGUUUUGAGAGAGCCAAGGGUUGUAUUUAAUUAAGUCUGAUGAUGUCAUAUCAUGAACGAGGGUCAGAUCGAGGAGAAGCCAGAACGAUUGGAUUUAAAAUCCUUUGCACUCUUGCCCGCUUACGAGUUUCAUAAAUCUCUAAAUAUUUAUAGCAACCAUAUAUAUGCCUAUAUAUUCUUUAGCUAUAUUCAAAAGUAGUUUUGAAAUUGUAGUUUUACGCGAUGGUGUUUGCGGAUCAUGUGAUAAUAAUUCACAUUGACCAUUGACCAGCCUCCAAGUUUAGCCCAGCACAUUUAGGGAUGGUUGCACCAAACUGUUUGUCAUCAUUAAAAAGUUCGCAAAAUUUUAUUGUAUGGAAAGUUUCAUAGUAAACCGCCGCGGCGUGCCGGGUGACGUUGAUCAGUCUGUCACGUGCGGAUGGUGCAACGGCACUUAGUCGACCAUUUGUUACUGUAGAUUUUACAACGAAAAAUAGCUAGUAUACAUUACAUGUAAGUUAUAUGUAUGGGUUGCAAAUAGAUAUGGUGGCUUCUGUUAAUUUAGUGCUCAGUUAUCAUGCAAACCUGUUAAUGAAUCUUUUAAGUAUUAUUUGUUGUUGAGGUCUUUAUACUGCGUCAUACCAAGUAGAGACAUAAUACCUACAUUAUGAGUAGGUAUUUUAGUGUAACUUUUAUAUGCACUUGUAGCUAGUUUAGACACGAAUCUUGUUAAGCCGUAUCCACCAUGUAACUAUGUGUAAGUACCUAUAAAAUGCGCAAUUAGAUACCUUAUAAUGAACAGUUUUAUUACAUAAAAUAUUAUACAGUAAAAUAUUAUCCAAUGAGUUAAUUAUUUUAAUAGAACAGUUACCAGAUAAUGUAUUUAUUGUAUAUUGUACUGCAGCGACUUAAAUUAGUUUAAUUUUUUAAAUGUUUAAUGUUAUUAGUUUAUAGAUAUCGAUAUAUGAAUAAACACUAAUAUAAAUGCUGUUGUUGUUGUUGCUAACAAGUUAUACGACGUGUACUCGUACGGCGGGACGCACGCGGCGCGGGCGGCGGCCACGGCAAAUUACUUACUUCGCCUCGUUCAAACUUAAAUACAUACAAGUAAUACAACACUGCACUUCAUUAAAUAAACUGAUGAAUAUGAAAUACCUUUAAAAUUUAACAAAGGUACCAUCGUCAUACUUCUGCCUGUUAAUUCGUUAUAAACCUUAUUAUAAAGAUAAUAAGGUCCACCGAUAAUGAGUUAAGUGUCGCUGCUGUUAGGACAUUCGAGGUUUUCAUCCGGCUAUUCAGAUAUUAUCAACAUCGCAUAAUCAAUUAAAAUUAACUGAGCUUUUGUAAUAAUUUGUCGUGGCCGUCUUCUACUUAGGGAGGGAAAGGGACAUGGGAUGUCACAGCGAUAAAUAACUUGUCCGCCUUAACGGGAAUGCCGAGAAAUAUCUCCUAAACCGGCAGGCAACCAUGUCUCUCAAAGGUAUUAAUAUCUGUAACGGAAUUUGAAUGCAUGUUAAUCUAUAUAAUAUAAUAAAUACCUCUUUUGGUAAGUCAGUACCG